AUGACUUAUGUUGAAGGUCCCUUCGAUCCAGAAGGAGGAGAAGAGUACUGCGGAAGAGGAGGACAUCAUGUUUAUGUGGCAUCUUAUUUUGAAGAGACCAAGGAGAUGGUUAACUACGAGCCUCCAAGAGUGGAAAAAGAUUUGGAUCACUAUGCCAAAACCCUGCAAGACUGUGUAAAGUUCAAGCAAUUAUUCGACCAGCUUGGACUUUCUAGGGAGGCAAGAACAAAAAUCACCAAGGCUAUCAUCAAUAUAGCCGAGGCACACCAUAAGGAAUGCAUGUCGAUUAAGGGAUCUAUCCCGAGAAAGGCAAAAGAGCAAUCUAGCGCCAUUACUUUCUUCGAGACUAAUCGGAAGUGUGGGGAGUUAGUUUCUAUAGUCACUAACUCCGAGUCAAAAGAAGAGCCUCUUGACAAUGACAUAGUAAUAAAGCCUGAAGUGGCUCCAAAAUACAUGCAAGAUGGGCCGAAGCCUCAGCCCGAACAACUUAUUGAAGUAGAUUUGUGUGAUGGACAAGAUACUCCAAGGCCAAUAUUCAUAAGUUUGAGCCUUAGCCCAGAAAAGCAAGAGCAGUUGUUAAAAUUGAUAACCCGAUACUCAGAUGUGUUUGCCUGGUCAUAUAAGGAGAUGCCCGGACUAGAUCCCGACCUAGUCUCUCAUUAUGUUGAUGUGUUCCCAAACUCCAAACCAAUCAUGCAAGUUGCUCGAAAAUAUCAUCCAGAUCUCGAAGAGAAAAUUAAGGAGGAGAUUGAAAAACUUCAACAAACAGGUUUCAUCCGGCCAAUACAAUACCCCACGUGGUUAGCAAACAUAGUGCCAGUGAAGAAGAAGAAUUGUCAAAUCAGAGUAUGUGGAGACUUUCGAGAUUUGAACAAAUCUAGCCCGAAUGAUGAAUUCCCUCUACCUCACAUUGACACUCUCGUGGAUGCUACCUCAGGACACCAGAUGUUCUCAUUUAUAGAUGGAUUCAGAGGAUACAAUCAGAUUAAGAUGGCCGAGGAGGACGCAGAAAAGACUACUUUUAGAACACCUCUCGGAAACUUCUUUUAUAUAGUCAUGCCUUUUUGA